UCCGUCCUUUUCUCGCCCCCGGGUCCGACAGAAACGUUCCAUCGCAGCUGUCAAAAAGUGUUGAGCCGACUGCCGUGCCUUCGUUCUUUCUCUUCCGGGCAGUGUACCGAAACUGUUGUGACACAUUUCGCCAAGAUGUUCAUGCCAAAAGCACAUCGCGUCGCCAUCUACGAGUACCUCUUCAAGGAGGGUGUGCUGGUCGCGCAGAAGGAUUUCUACGCCCCGAAACACCCGGAGCUGGAGAACAUCCCGAACCUGCACGUCAUCAAGACGAUGCAGUCGCUCAAGUCGAAGAACUUCGUGAAGGAGCAGUUCGCCUGGCGCCACUACUACUGGUAUCUGACCAACGAGGGUAUCGAGUACCUGCGCGCCUUCCUGCAUCUGCCGUCCGAGAUCGUGCCGUCGACGCUGAAGCGUGCCGCCCGUUCGGAGCCACAGCGUGCCCGCACCCAGGCCGGCCCCCGGCCCGAGGGUCCGAAGACGGGCGAGGACCGCCAGGCAUACCGGCGCAUGCAGCAGGCCGCCCCGGCCGACAAGAAGGGAGACGUCGGUGUCGGUGCCGGCGAGCUCGAAUACCGUGGUGGAUUCGGCCGUGGUAACCGUAUGUAAAGGCGUCCCUGUUUUUUCCAACAAUCAAAUCCUGUCCGGGUGUUUUUCAAGUUCGAUUCACAGCAGUACGAUAUCGUGCACACGCACGUGCGUGAUUGUAAUGAGCGGAAAGACGAAGUUAAGGGAAUUGUUUUGAUGUCCAGCACACAACACCCCUUCCCCUCCCGAAACACGCGCGCGCAGGGCGUUGUAUUCUCCUUACUUUUGUGACGUGAGCGCUUUGAAAACACCGGGUACGCUUACCUUUAUAAUUUUGUGUUAAGCAACAACAUAAAAGAAAUCAUGGAAAAACGUUCUCUUCGAUUGAAUAAAGCAGAACGAACUUUAAUGCUCUAACACAAA